CCAUCUGAGGCUGUGCCCUGUCAGGACUGACCUCUGCUUCUUCCUGGCAUUCCCUUCUAGCUCCAGGACCUUGGCUAUGGACCCUCCUCGCUCCCUCGCCUGCCUUGUUCUGCUGCUGUCUGUGGUGAGAGCCACAGGCCCUGGGGGGACCUCCCGGGACCCAGGCCUGGAGAUCUACAAGAAGAUGUUUGAGGUGAAGCGGCGGGAGCAGCUGUCGGCCCUGAAGAACCUGGCACAGCUGGAUGAUGUCCACCAGCAGUACAAGAUCCUGGACGUCAUGCUCAAGGGGCUCUUUAAGGUGCUGGAGGACUCGCGGGCCCUGCUCAUUGCUGCCGGGGUGCUUCCCGAAGGGCCCUUUCCCCAGGACGAGAAGCUGAAGGACGCUUUCUCCCACGUGGUGGAGAACACGGCUUUCUUCGGGGAUGUGGUGCUGCGCUUCCCGAAGAUUGUGCACCACUACUUCGACCCCAACUCCAACUGGAACCUGCUCAUCCGCUGGGGCAUCAGCUUCUGCAACCAGACGGGCGUCUUCGACCAGGGGCCUCACUCGCCCAUCCUGAGGCUGAUGGCCCAGGAGCUGGGGAUCAGUGAGAAAGACUCCGACUUCCAGAACCCGUUUAAAGUUGACCGCUCAGAGUUCAUCUCCAGCACCGACCCCUUCCAGAAGGCCCUGCGAGAAGAAGAGAAACGCCGGAAAAAGGAGGAGAAGCGGAAAGAAAUUCGAAAAGGCCCGAGGAUCUCGCGGUCCCAGUCUGAGUUAUAGCUGCACAGCAGCUCAGGGCUUGAGGAGACGAGGUGGGAGGCAGCUGUGUGGUCGCGGCCAUGUAGCUGCACCGACCCUGGGGCUGAGCCCUGGCCCCUUCCAGAUGGGGAGGCCACUUUCACUCAGCGCCCCAGUUUGAGCCUUGGCUGGAGAUUGACUGGGCCUCAUGGGACUGCGUUUCCUCCUUGAGGCCUCCCUGGGGGGAAGUCCUAAGGCCUUCAGAGGACACUGCAGUGGGCAGAACCCUAUGGAGAGUCCUGGCUGCCCCCUGUUGUGGGGAAGCAGUAGAGCCAUGCCUCCCAGCCACAAGUGGAGCUGCCACGCCUGCCACCAGUCCCCAUCCCUGGGCCACAACAUGGGUCCCUGUGCCUCCACAGACCCAAUUAAAGCCAACAGAUUGAACCAGUGGAGGUUCAUAAGGGGACCGUGAGGGGACCAGCGUCCUUCAGAGAUGUUGAGGCUUCUUGGAGGAUGGUCCUGGCUAACCAGAAGCCACGUGCCCUAGCACGGUGGGCUUGGGCCAAGCCUGCUGUUCCUGCCUCGGGGUCAGUGUCGGGAAGCAGGCUGCAGGUGUUCUGGCUGUGGGGACGGUCACUGCGUGUCUGCCACGUUGGCAGCAGGUGCAGGGAGGAGUCAGUGUGUCCUUUUUGACCACACUGGGAGAUCCAUGACCUAUAGGGGGCAGGGCUGCCGUGACCUGUGGCCAAGGCCUGGGAAGCUGUAGGAGCUAGGACCUGAGUGUAUAGCCUGAUUGAGUUGGAGCUGGGUGGCCGCAAACCUUCCAACCUGCCUCUUCCAAGUGGAGGGGGUGGGGCUUCCCUGGGAAUUCUGGGUCUGUCUCUUUGACCUUGCCAGGUUAGGGGCUGCCUCUUAAAGGGACACAGCCCGUGACUCCCUGCACUGGUCCUGGGCUCCUACCCCUGACCUAGGAGAGACUUGGGUCUCCGCCCAGCAGACCUGCUGGCUGAGCCAGGUGUGCCCCUGCCCUUCGCUGUGUGUGGUUUCACUGGUAAUGUGAGUUUGUUGCUUCCUGGACCCCUGAUCCAGUGCUCACCUGCUCUGAGGCUGGCCUUGCUCUGACAGAGCCACAGGGGGAAAUGAAGCCUUGGGGAGGCCUCCUAGGAGGGCCUGGGACAUUCUGUACCCCUAUCAACCACUCAGGGAAAGAUAAGGGGACAGGAGGACCGGGUUGGAGGAAAGCUGGAGAACUUUCUCCAUCAGCCAACAGGUCACCCUCCCUGGGCAGAGCAAGGAGAUCCAUCCCAGCCCUGUCCUGGGCAGUGUGACCCCAGUCCCAGUCCUGUGAGGGUGGACAUGGGAGUGUGCACUCGAGGGCGGGACCAGGAGACAGGAUCAGAUCCGCUGUGGGCUGCCGAACCUGUCCUGGUGCCAGCAAGUGAGUCGAGGGCCUGGCAGGCGCAAGGCCCUUCCUGCCUGUCUUCUGUGUAGUUAAGUGGCUCAACUGCCAGCUCAGCAAGGAGUAUGUAGCUUCCCCCUGAACUGUGGGGACGAGCUUUUCAAGAACCAGGCCUACUCAGUGCAGACAAGGGGGUUAAAAGAUGUCCCAGGACUGGAUAGAGGUCAUUGAGCUAGCCUGGGACUCUCGGGGCACCGCCACCAUCAGAACCAGAACCCCCUCACUUAGAUCUCUGAACCCUGUCUCAGAAUGCCCAGUGGAGAGAGAGGAGUGUUGGAAGGGUGAGAGCCUGUGUCAGAGGACUUUGGAUUCAGGAGGCCAACAGCUAGGGUUAAAGUGACUUCUCAGUGACAGGUACCCAUGUGGUACUGCUUUGUCGAUCCCGUAGAUGUGCCCAGCACCUGCUGUCUGCAGAGCCCAGGAGGGGGCCGCUCCAAGCUCUCGCACUGCCACCUGCAGCCUCUUCAUCCUGGGGAGGGUGCAGGGCUUCCGUAGUGACACCUUCAGAGCAGGGGGGUUCAGCUGUAGCAGCAGUGAUGUUGUUAGUGUAGUCUGGAUGUUGCUUGUCUGCUGGGCUUCGGGGCCCCUGGCCUGGCAUCCUUCAAGGUGAGAUUUCUAACCCCAGUGGGGCCACCCCUGGUAGUGUGGGCCAGAUCCUUCUUUAUUGUGUGUGUCAGGUGAGCUGUCCUGGGUCUCGUAGGAUAUUUAGCGGCAUGCUGGCCUCUGCCCUCUGGAUGCCAGUAGCACCAAAAGUGUUUCCAGACAUUGCCACCCAUCCCUUGAGGACCACAUCCUCCCUGGUCCACAGCCCUUCUCCCUCCCUCUCCCACCACCUUCAGUGAGAUUGUUGGUUGGUUGGUCUGUUGGCUGGUUUCUCCCUGUUCUUUUCUUCCUGGGCGGGGUGGCCUCUGACGACCCCAAGCUCCUGGCUCCUGCCUUGUCCCUGCCUGAUCACCUCGUUGGGUCCAUUUCAGUUUCUCCGAAGCCAGGCUGCCUUCUCAUCUCACUAACCAUCCGUGUCCAACUGCAAAGCUUCCUGGAGGAAGUGGUGGCUGAGCUGAGUGCUGACGGGUUGUGUGGGGACAGGGGAAGCCAAAGAGGGGGAUGGGUCCUGCAAGCAGAGGGGAGGGGUCUCCCUACAGGAUCCACAGGAUAAGGAACCGGAUCCUGAGGGGUGACUAAUCCAGGGCCACUCCUCCCCACCUCUGUGCGCCCAGCCAGAGCAAGUGACCACCCCGAAGAGGUGUGCAGUUAGGUGGGACCCAGGGCCAGAGGAGUGAGGUGUGGACCCCAUGCAGCUACUUCACUCACUGUUCCUGCAGAGGUUUCAGUACCACCAAAGGCCACCCGCUCAGGUAGCAUGGCCCCUGGUCAGGUCCAGCAGGUGCCACGGGAGCUGCUGCCGAGUGGGAAGAGGAGCCCAGCCUCCCGGCCCACUACACACUACAGCCCUCCACGGGAAUGCCUCAAGCCCGGGGGUGGAGGCCCUGGACCUUAGGGAAUUGCAUGGAGGUUGUUGCAGCCUGCCAGGCCAGCAGACCCCAGAGCCUCCUGGGUGCCAUUUCUGUACUCAGUUCUAAUGUAGACAAUACGGAAACGCCAACAAGCAAGGAAAUUCACCCCAGAUCCCACCGCGCCCACAGCCUGUUGUGGGGCCAUCCUGUUGUCACUGUCAGUACCACCUUGUGUGGACAUUCAGUGUGUACCAGCAGUUGUGCCAGGUGCUGGCUCGCCAGCUUCUCCCGACUCCGGGUUCCCAGGGCCAUCCGAGGUCGUUCUCGUCCGACGCGUCCCUUGUUACACCACAUCCACUACUUUUCCUUGCUCACUUGCAGCCCAGUGUCUGUUUGUUUUGUUGUGUGUGUGUGUGUGUGUGUGUGUGUGUGUGUUUCAUCUCUUUAAAAAAAAAGAGCGGGAGGAUCAUUUGUUUGAAAGGCAGAGUUAUAGAAAGGUCACGCACCUGCUGGUUCCUCCCCCACAUGGUCAUGACAACAGACUGGAGCAGGGAGCUUCGUCCAGGU